UUCUGGGCGCUGCGAUGGCGUUGGUAUAUAAGGGGCCGCUGGAGCUCGUCAACGUGUACAAUAGCUCAUAGCACGAACCAGAGACAUGAAGGCAGUCGUGAUCUUGGCCCUGUUGGGCGCCGCCUGCGCCGCCCCAACCUUCGUGGUGCCGUACACGGGCGCCGUGGUGGGCGCCCCCUACGCCCACGCCGUGGCCCCCGUGUCCUACGCCAGCCAGCACCACGCCCAGGAUGAGCUAGGCCAAGUCAACUACGGUUUCGCUCACGCCGGUCAGGCCAAGAAUGAGGUGCGCGACGCCUUCGGCAACGUCGCCGGCGCCUACUCCUACGUGGACGCCGACGGCAAGCCCGUCGUGGUGGAGUACACCGCCGGCGUCAACGGCUUCCAGGUCAAGAGCAACAACCUGCCGGUGGGCCCUGGCGUACCCGAGGCCGUCGCCAUCGCCGGCCCCGAGCCCGUCGCCGACACCCCCGAAGUCGCCGCCGCCAGGGCCGACUUCCAGGCCGCCUUCGACGCCGCCGCCGCCGGCUCCCUCGCCGCCGACGCCCCCACCCCCGUCGCCGACACGCCCGAGGUCACCGCGGCCAAGCUCGAGUUCCUGCAGGCUUACAACGCCGCUGCCGCCGCCGCCGCCGCCGCUCCCGACGACGAGGAGGAGGUCGUGACCGAGGCCUUGGAGGCAGUCACUGAGGCCGCCGUCGAAGCUGUCGAAGAAGCCACCGACGCUCCCGCUGAGGCCGCUGAGGAGGUCGUGGUCGAGGAGGAGGCUGAGGAGGUCGAGGCCGAGGAGGCCGCGCCCCUCGUGGCCCCCGAGCCCGUCAUGGACACCGAGGAGGUGGCGCUGGCCAAGGCGGAGUUCGAGGCUGCUUUCGCUGCCGCCGCCGCCGCCGCCGCCGCUGACGAGCUCCGCGAAGUGGUGGUUCCCGAGGGCGCGCCAGAGGCCGUGAUGGACACCGCCGAGGUCGCCGCCGCCAAGGCCCAGUUCCUGGCCAGCUUCGACGCCGCCGCCGCCGCCGCCGAGGCCGCCCCCGACUUCGACCUGGACGGUUCCGUCAGCCGCUACAGUGGCUACCUGUCCGCCGUCGACGGAUCUCUGUCGCCCUACUACACCAACACGCUGCCCUUCGGUGCCUACGGCGUCCACGCCCCUCUGGCCGCCCCCCUGGCCGCCCCCGCGCACGUGGUCGCCCCUGUGGCCUACCACGGCGUCGGUGCCCUCGGUUACACGCCCUUCUGGGUGUGGACGUACAAUAGCUCACACUCUGAACGUGGAAACAUGAAGGUCUUCGUGCUCCUGGCUCUGGUAGGCGCCGCGUGCGCAUUGCCCCUGGACGCCCCGCAGCCCGUCGAGGACACACCGGAGGUGGCGCAGGCGAAGGCCGACUUCCAGCUGGCCUACGACGCCGCCGCCGCUGCCGCCGCUGCCGGCGCCGUCCCCGAGGUGGUGGUGCCCGAGGGCGCCCCGGCGGCCGUCGACGACACCGCGGAGGUCGCUGCCGCCAAGGCCGCUUUCCAGGCGGAGUUCGAGCGCGCCGCCGCCGCCGCCGAGGCCGCCCCCGACUUCGACCUGGACGGCGCCCUCUCCACCUACAGCGGCUACCUGUCCACCGUCAACGGCAGGCUGUCGCCCUUCUUCACCAACACGCUGCCCUACGGAGCCUUCGGCCUCCACGCCCCCGUGCUCGCUGGCGCCCCCGUGGUAUCCGGCGCCCCUGUGGUCGCGGGCGCCCCUCUCGCCUACAGCGGCCUCCACGGCUUCCCCGGCGCCUACGGCUUCCCCGGCGCCUACGGCCUCCCCGGCGCCUACGGCUUCCCCGGCGUCGUCGGGUCGCCCUUCGUGCAGGUCGUCAAGGCCGAGUAGACCGGCCGGACGCCUCCCGUGUGAGAGUUUUGUACAGUGCAUGCAACGCGUCUUUCACUUUCUCAGCCUUUCAAAACACCUCUUGCUGUACUUCCCUGUGUACAUAUCGUACACAUUUCAUGUCCUUGAAAAAGAAAAGAAAACUGUAUCUUAUUAAAGAUAAAACGAUAAGCCCUGAA